GGACGCUGUAUUGGACCCAGUACUGGUACCGAGUUAGGGUACCGAUACGAUCCAUAUCCUGGGGGUUGGGAAUCCCUUAUUAGCCCCUGUGGUCUGGUACCAAGCAGCCCUCAGACCAACGUGGAGGUUGGGAACCCCUGAUUUAAAGGGAACAUCCAACAUGUCAUAAAGUGACGGGGAGGGGGCCCAGCCCAUAGUUCCAUAUAUAACAACUUGGAAGUGAGAUUGGGUUGAUAAUGCACACUUUGAAGGGCAUUAUCAUGCUGAUAUCAUGGUCACUUACAAAGGAAGUAAAUAUUCAAUUGAGGUUAAGUAAUUUAUUUCUGUUAAUUUUUGGGUUUAAAUCGCUUUUUCUCAAGAAGCGGUCUGUUUGAUACAUGGUUGGUUGAGCCAGUACUGACCAUGACUGCAGCGACCAAAAAAAAAAACUAGAUACAUAUUUUGAUUAUCACGAUAGGUUAGGCAUCAUUUCAGAAAGAUUUCACCUCUUACCACUUGUUUUUGUCCAGAUGAUGAAGCAAAAGUUUAUUUUAAAGAAGCCUGUGCAGUGAUACAUAACUUUUGAGCUACGUUAAUUCUUUUUUAGGUGCGCAUUAUCACUUUUUAAUCCACACCCAGCAGCCAAUCAGAAUUGAGUAUUCACCCAGACCAUGGUAUAAGACUGAGUUAGUCCACAUCAAUGGGUAAAAUCAUUGAUGAAAUUAUGUGGAUGAACUUUAAAAUUCCCCUACAUCCAACCAACAGCAGGACUCUGUUUUUCAGUUCAGCUCCAGACUGGUCUCAGUCCACCCAGACUCCUAAAUGAACCCCCCAUAAAACAUAAACUCUGCAGUCCAACAAUGACAAAAUGUUUAGAGUCAUUCCAAAAAGACCCAGAGAUCAGGGCCUCACUGACUUCCUAACCCCCCACCCCCCAGGCCUUUGUGCUUCAGGCUUUAUCAUCCGUUUCUGUCUGUCUGUGCUUCCCAGCAGUCACUGUUGUCCAAACUUCAUAAAAGUGAGAGGAGCUGCUCUGUGUUGUGAGACAUGCCUAAAGGCUUCACCUGCCUGGCGAGCCCUGAGGGGCGAGACGGCAGGUAUGAGACCCCCCCAGCAUCCGAGCUUCACAGGCUGAUGUGGACAAAGAAAGGGACCAGCAACCAUCUGGAUGAGGUUUUCCCGAGAAUAUACAUCGGAGACAUGUAUGCAGCCAAAGACAAGAGGAGCCUCCAGGCUCACCAGAUCAGCCAUGUGCUCAACGCCGCUGAUGGGAAAUUCAACGUAAACACAGGACCCAGCUUCUACCGGGACACCAAAAUCACUUAUUAUGGCGUGGAAGCUUUCGACAUGCCAUCAUUUUACUUGAGCCCCUUCUUUUACCCUGCGGCGAAUUUCAUAAAGACUGCUUUGAGCUCGCCAUCAGGGAAGGUGUUCGUCCACUGCGCCAUGGGGCUUAGCCGCUCAUCCACCUUGGUUCUGGCCUACCUGAUGAUUCAUGAACGCAUGACUCUGGUGGAUGCCAUCAAAGCCGUCAGCCCCAACAGGAACAUUUCACCCAAUGAGGGCUUCUUGGAGCAGCUCAGAGAGCUGGACAAAAAGCUGCACUGCCAGGGAACGUCAAGAAGCUGAAUGGAUUCCAUUAAAUGUGAUCAAAUUGUUAUUUCUAAUAUGUAACCCUUGUGUUAUCUUAUGGGAUCCAGAUGACCCAAACCUCACACUGAUGUGUUAUACCUCCCAAAGAUGGACAAAAGUGGAAAGGACAUUAUGUCUGCAAUGGACACCAGUGAAAAUCUAAAAUAAUAAAAAAAUUAUAAAAAAGCUUUGUGGGUUCUAGAGGACCCAACUCCCAACGUUAACAUGCCUGGUAAAGCACAAGAGAUAGUGAUAACAUAAACAAGUACAUUUGUUUUCUAAUUACCAUGCUGCCUUUUCAUUAGUUCCAAAGAAGGCCAAGAAUAUGUCCGAAUUCCUUCACUACUUAAGCUACAAAUACAACUACGCGACAGAAAGUCAUCAGCAGAAUCUUCCAUUGUAAAAUGUUGGCGUGGUCAUGAAUGGAGACAGUGGCUGUCAGACGUGCAGAAUGGCCCACUUUUUAUACAGCCAGGUUACUAGGCGACCGCCUACCGAUGGCACUUGAUAUGGGCGGCCGCCAUCCAGUGACAUUUACUCGUCGUUAAAUUAAAACAGCUACCGGCUGGCGAUCCGCCUUGAGGCUUUGCAAUGGCAUCAUUCCCAUCUGUCACUGGGCUAACAUCCUCGAAAUGUUCCCAACCAAUUUCAACUUUUAGAGAAAAACUUUUUCUUCAAACCUCCGUGUAACUUGUAUUUAGGUCAGUGCACCGUUGCAGUUUGUAUAUCUGACCAUCUUUUUAGUGUACUAUAUAACGCGUUCGCCAUUUUGUAUAGCUGUCCAAAUCUACAAGUCCAAAAUCCAGUGCUAUAGAAAUUUCCCAGAAGUCUUUGCGAAAUACUCGAUGCUCAAUAGUUUAACAAAUUUGCAUUUACGAUGCAUUGAACAAUCCUUCAUGUGAAAAAAAAAGAGUAUGUUAAUUCAUUUUUAGCAAACAGCCCACGUUUUUAUCUAUGAGAUCACAAUAGAUUCAUAAAUAGUCUUCGCAAAAUGUUCAUAUUUAUUAAUCUUUUACUUCAGGAAAACAGUGACAUCAUGUUUGCCGUUUAAAAAAAGUAAAGGGCAAAGUGUCCGAAUUGCUUUUAAAAUCCUCCAGGUCUGAUAAUUUAAUGUGUUCCAACAUACCCUGCUCUGGCAUGUUCUAAUGGGCUGGACACACCUGAACCAGGUAAAUCAUGCAGACACUGCAGCCCUCGAGGCCUGGAAUGUCCUAUCCCUGCACUAGAUUGUCCUGGACUAUAUGGUAUUUUGUAGUUAGGGAGUAACAUAAGUAAAACUAUGUAAACAGUAUUUUUGUAACUUUAUGAAUUACUAUCUAAAGCUGUGGCUUCAUUGUGGUUGUGAGUUUAUUUAGAUGAUUUGUUUGUUCAACAAAGGUGUUUAAAUGUAGAUUAAACUCUUGAUUUUUUAAAGUUUGAAUUUGAGCUGUGUGAUGGAGUUUAUCACAAGUGUUCUGGUCUGUGUCACGGUGAUCUAAAGAAUAAAUAGUCCUCAGGGCGUUUGCCCAGC